AUGAAGUCGUAUUUACUUUUAGCUGUUUUGAUUCUGGUAUCAAAGUACGAUGAAGCGUGUUGUGACAAUCACCACCACCACCACGACGACGAUGACGACAACAUAGAGAAAUUGAAGAGAAGUUUAACAAGCGAGAUUGUAGGGCUUUUAAAUGGCACUUACUUCAAUUUGAAUGAGAAGGUAUGUCAGUUACAAAGACGAGUCGACAAGAUCGAAGGAACCACAAACUCCGACAAUCAGUGUGAAUGUAACCAAACGGAAAUUGACGAUUUUAGGCGAUCUGUGUCUGACGAACUUAAGACGUUCUCCAAAAUCCUGUCUGGGUUUGAAAAUGGAAUGCGGCUUUUGAAAGAUGAGCAGGCGGACUUACGUAAGCUACUAGAAGGAGAGGACAGCGACGCAAGUACCACAACCACGCCGCCACCAGUUGUCUGUGACAGUGACUGGAUAACGUCUCCGGAAAAGUGUUAUUAUGUCUCCUCAUCUUCCGAGAAAACGGAAUGGGCAACAGCAAUGGCCCGGUGCAGAAACAUGGGAGCUAAUCUUGUUGAGAUCCAAACCAACACAGAAGCUAAGUUCAUAAUGAGCAACCUGCCGAGUCGUGUUGGAAACACUGACAUUAUAUACACCGGACGUAAAAAAAAUUUGGCGAACAACUGGGUUUUUCUUAGCAACAACCAGAUAGUAGAUACGAACGUGAGGACCUGGGCAAGUGGUCAACCAGACGGCGGGACCCAACGGUGUGGUUGUACCCGACAGUCAGACAACUUUCUGAUGUUGGACUGUUUCUGUACUGGAUUCAACCUAUUCUAUAUCUGUGAAAUUAGGCGUUAGUAGCUACUGUCCACGAGUACGUCGCAUACAAGUACCACAACCACGACGCCGACUCCCGUUCCACCAGUGGUCUGUGACAGUGACUGGAUAACGUCCCCGGAAAAGUGUUAUUAUGUCUCCUCAACUUCCCAGAAAACGGAAUGGGCAACAGCAAUUACCCGGUGCAGAAACAUGGGAGCUAAUCUUGUUGAGAUCCAAACCAACACAGAAGCUAAGUUCAUAAUGAGCAACCUGCCGAGUCGUGUUGGAUACAAUGACAUUAUAUACACCGGACGUAAAAGAAAUGAGGCGAACAACUGGGUUUUUGUUAGCAACGACCAGGGAAUCAAUACUUCCGUGAGGACAUGGGCAUAUGAUGAACCAGACGGCGGGAACCAACGGUGUGGUUGUACCCGCCAGUCAGACAGCUUUCUGAUGUUGGAUUGUUUGUGUACUGGAUUUAACCUAUUCUAUAUCUGUGAAAUUAGGCGUUAGUAUAUACGGUCCAAAAGUAUGUCACAUAGUGCAGAAUUGGAUGUAAUAAUUUCUUUUAGAAAUCUUAGUCUGA